AUGGCUGCUACCGAUGGCACUGACAAGAAGAACGAUGCGACCGACAGCGCCCGCAUUGGGUGGGCGUUCCUCUCGCAGUACUACUCGUUUCUCAACAAGGACCCCGCUCGCCUGCACUGCUUCUACACCAAGCGCUCGACCCUGAUCCAUGGCACGGAAGGCGAGGACUCGGUCCCCUGCUAUGGGCAGCAGGAGAUUCACGCCAAGAUCAUGUCCCUCAAGCUCGACGACUGCAAGGUCUACAUCAGCAACGUCGACAGCCAGUCCUCGGCCGAGGGCGGGAUCAUCGUCCAGGUUCUCGGCGAGUUGUCGAAUGCCAAUGGCCCUUGGCGCAAGUUCGUCCAGACGUUCUUCCUCGCCGAGCAGCCCAAUGGCUACUUCGUCCUCAACGACAUCUGCCGGUACAUCAAGGAGGAGGGCGACGAGUCUCCCGAGACGCCUACUCCAGCCGUCCAGCAUGAAGCCGUGCAGAACGCUGCUCCGGCCAGCGUCCAGAGCAUUCUCUUCGACGACAAGGCCACCCUGUUCACCAACGAGAACCGGGAUGAGGCGCAGCCUCAGGCCGAGGCCGAGCAAGCGCAUGGUGACGACACCUUCACCUUCCACUCUUCCCGCGACUUCACCCCGGCGACUACGAACGGGACAUCGUCGGAGGAAGCGCCCGAAGCGACCGAGCUCGAGCACACCGACGCUACUGCAGAUGCACCGGAAGCUUCAGAGCCCACUGAAGCUGCCGAGACUCGCCCUGCUGUGGAAGAGUCGGCACCCGCUCAGCCCGAGGAGACGGAGACUCCCGUCCCGGUCGAGACGCCUGCAGCUGAGCAGGCAACUGCUGAGCAGCCGCAAGCGUCAGAGUCUGCGUCGACUCCCACCUCCGAACCCGCCUCGGCUGCUGCGCCUGCUCCUGCCGCUCCCUCGGCUGCACCGACACCCAAGUCUUGGGCCAGUCUCGCCGCGUCCAACUCUACGAAGUGGGGGCGUCUCUCCAAUGAAGCGAAGGGCGUGUCUUCGGCGGCCUCUUCGGCUCCGUCUCCUGCCGUCGAGCGGGCGCCUGCGCCUGCUGCCGCUCCCAGCGCGUCUACUGCCCAGCCGCAGUUCGUCGAGUCGGUCAUGGCGAUCCGCACGCCGUCCUGCUUCGUGAAGGGCGUGAUCGAGACCGUCUCUGAGCAGGCUCUCAAGGACACCCUCAUCUCCCGCUUCGGUCCUUUGAAGGAGGUCGACAUUGUCCGCAACAAAGCCUGCGCCUUCAUCGAAUUUGAGAAGCUCGAUCACGCCCGUCGUGCUAUCCAGACGUCGCUGCGCCAGGCGGAGGGCGGCGAGGGAGGCAUCAUGAUCACGGUCGACCCGGCGACUGGCGCGCAGACCCGCAUCAACAUCGUCGAGCGCAAGCCGCACGACCAGCGGCCCAAGCGCGCGGACGGCGCGACACGCGGCGGUCGUGGUGGAUCAUCUGGCGGCACCGGCGGCAGGGGCGGCGCGCGUGGCGGCCGCAUCGGUACUUCGGCUCGCGGCGGCGCCGCCGCCAAGUAA